AGCUUUCUUCAAGAAUGAUAAGACAAAAAAUAAAAAAUACAAAUAUCGACUGAUAAUGACUUAGAGCUUCGUCUAUGAAUGGCUUUUUCAUUUAGUUAAUAAGAAUUCGUAAAGCCGCCAUCGAUGUCAUAAAUUAUAAAAUCGGUACAAAUUUUCUUUGUUUGUUUUUAUUUAAAAAUAUUUUGAAAGUAAUGAAUAAAAAUUUGUUUAUAAAUAACAUAUUCGUAGUGAUAUGUUUUUUGCUGAUAUCAUCAUCAUCACAGGUGAAAAGUGAUUGUCGGUAUCGUAGUUUAGAAGUUCCCAAAGAAAUAUUUCAAUAUUGGGCUAGUUGGGGUUGUUAUAUUUACACUAGACCUGAUUUUUUUAAUGAAGCUCCGCUAGAACUUGAAACAUGUUCUUUAUAUACUAAUUCUUCGACUUAUUUUGUUCCUGGAAUCAGUCAUAAUGGAGGAAAAUUUUGUCAUCCGUUUCAUUAUACAAGCAAAUAUGUGCGUCGUCAAGUGGAGAAAUCGUUUGCAAGCAAUCGAACCUUAAGUCGAUGGAUCGAGUGUACAAAUGAAGCUGAAGAUUGUUGCGCUGAUAAAAUGGAUAAUGAUGUGGCUGUUGAAAACCGUUGCCCUAGUGUCUGGGAUGGCUGGAGCUGUUUCCCUUCAAUUCCGGCUGGUCAAAACAUCAAAUUGCCCUGCACACGUUUUGCCUAUGGCAAUGAAGGACCUAGAUGUCAUCAUUUCAGCUAUAAACAAUGUUACAACAAUGCAACUUGGGAUCAACAAACAGAUUAUUCCCCAUGCGAUAUAACACCACCACUCAUCGCUCGAAAUCAAUAUUACAUUGCAAUAUUGUCAAUUUCAACAGUUUUCUGCAUACCAGCUAUUUUGGUCCUGUUUUUUACCAAAGCUACUCAUUCGCAAAAACUUCGUAUUGUCCGAGCACUUCUUCUAGCAAUUUGCAUUCACAAUGUGAUGGUAAUUCUUGUUCGAGCUAUAAUAAUCAUGCCAGAACUGACAUCCUUGCAACCAAGAACAACAACU